GCUCUGCGGGGCCCCCCACCGGCGCGCCCGGCCACUGUCGUCGGUGCGGGCCGCAUGAAUGGAGCGCGGGGCGUGAGGCGAAGCCUGGCACCGUCCGCGCGGCCGGUCCCUGCUCCCGGAACGUGCGUGCGCGCGCGGAGGGCGAGCGCGCGGGGCCGUUAGCGGCGCGAGGCUGCCGAGGUGAGAGCGGCGGCGCUGCCGGCGGAGCCGCGCGCCCGACGGGCCGGGACUCGCGGGGCCUCCCGCCUCGCUCAGGGCUGCGGGCAGCCGUGGCGGCCGCCGGGGACCGCAAGGGGCGGAGGAGAGGAGGAGGAGGUGGUGGAGGAGGAGGCCGAGCGCGGCCCGCAGACGAACAGCCGAACAUGCCCCGAGACAACAUGGCCUCCCUCAUCCAGCGGAUCGCCCGCCAGGCGUGCCUCACCUUCCGGGGCAGCGGGGGCGGCCGCAACGCUGCUGCCGAGCGCGGCGCCGCUUCAGGCCCCGAGGCGCCGCUGUCCCCGAGCUUCCCCGAGAACCUGAGCAAGCUGCAGAGCCUGCUGACUGAGAUCCGCGCCGAGGACCUGAACAUCGCCCCGCGCAAGGCCACGCGGCAGCCGCUGCCGCCCAACCUGCCGCCCGUCACCUACAUGCACAUCUAUGAGACGGACGGCUUCAGCCUGGGCGUGUUCCUGCUCAAGAGCGGCACGUCCAUCCCGCUGCACGACCACCCGGGCAUGCACGGCAUGCUCAAGGUGCUCUACGGCACGCUGCGCAUCAGCUGCCUGGACAAGCUGGAGGCUGCGGGCGGCCAGCGGCCGAGGGCCCCGCCGCCCGAGCAGCAUUUCGAGCCGCCGCUGCAGGCCCGGGAGCGGGACGCUUUGCGGCCGGGAGUGCUCCGCUCGCGGGCCGAGUACACCGCGGCCAGCGGCACCUGCCUGCUGACCCCGCACCGGGACAACUUGCACCAGAUUGAUGCCGUGGACGGGCCCGCCGCCUUCCUGGACAUCCUCGCCCCUCCCUACGAUCCGGACGACGGCCGGGAUUGCCACUAUUAUCGGGUGCUGGAGCCCGUCCGGCCCCAGGAGGCCCCUGCCUCAGCCUGUGACCUGCCCCGAGAGGUGUGGCUCCUGGAGACCCCGCAGGCCGAUGACUUCUGGUGCGAGGGAGAGCCCUAUCCAGGACCCAAAGUCUUCCCUUGAAGCCGCCAGCGCCCCAGGAACCAUGGGCCGAAGACGUCCCCCUUCCCAGUGGGCGGACUGGCCACUGCGACCCACCACAAGGGCUCUCUUCCUCUUUCUGUCUCCCUCGCUCUCUUAACACCCCUCCAUCUCCCCAAGACCAGGCGUUGGAUCUACUGGAAUGAGCAAAAGCCACUUCCUCGGGAGCACGGGCACCUGGACAGCAGCCACCGGGCACGGUUAUGGGGGCAGAGUGGGCGGGCGGCUGGGCUGUUUCCUGGCUUUGAUUUGGGGGGGAGGAGGGCCGGGGACGCUCCGGAGCGCUUCCAUCCUAAAGCCAUACUGAAUUGUGCGUCUCUCGUUCCCAUUCUAGGACAGCCACACUCAUGGCUCCCCUCUCCACUCCCGCCCCUCAACCUCGGCAGAGGGCUUUACACUCCUGUCCUACUCCUUAGAGGUUUAACUUAAACUGUGCAUGACCCAGUGGUUUGAAUUGUUUUUAGUUCAAGUCAUUGGUUAAAAGGUUUUAAAGACAUGAGCUCCUUUCACACUGAGCUAGCUAUCCUCGUUAUGGACUCGUGGAAAUGAUCGUUCCCCACUUCCCCCCGCCACAGUUUGCGGCGCAUCCUUACUACAUAACUAUGCAUGCAGAAGGACAAGAUGUCUUUGUUCCCCUUGUCCACUGGCCACGGGCUGGUUCACUCAGGCAGCACCCACUACAAAAAAUUCACCACCGUCAACCCUGGGUGACACAGGGUCACUUGGAGCCUCCCUCCUCCCCCACACCCACCCCCAGGCCCAGAUCUGUGGGCUGAGGCAGAUUGUUCAUUGCAAAUCCACCUCUCGUGCAAAGAUUGUAGUACCCUCAAGUGACUUUUUUUUCCCUUGUUUUAGUUACUUUAAAGAAGUGAUAGGGUAAUUCUUUAUCUAACCAGGAGAUUCAGAGGAGCUUCCGCAUGACUGAAUGUAAAACACCCCUAGCCAGCUAUUGAAUUCCAUUUACUUUUGACAUCUUCCAGUUUAAAAAAAAAAAAAAGACUACUUUGAUGACUGUUUCACAUUUCUCUCAGGAACUCUUUGUGUUCCGGGGAGCUGGGGGAUUCAGCAAGCCAUGUCGCUGGCAGCGUUAGCUCAGCCCUGCCCCUCAGCUGGGACGAGCAAGGGCUUGCUCCAUCUAGUGUGGUCUUCCCUAGCGAGGGAGAGAAGGAGCCGAUGGUCAGGGCUGGAGAACUGAGUGCUAACUGUGCCACUGGCCAUCCCAGGGCCCCAACGCGGGGAAGAAAUACUUCCCUCUCCCACCUCCUGAAAGGAGCAGGUGUGCUGUAACUGAUGUAGUUGUGUCCUUUUAUAGGGUGAGCAGCUUCAUUUGGUGUACCAGUAAUACUGAUCCCACUUAUUUCAGGCCCUGGAGCACUGCUUCCCUCCUUUUUACUAUUUAUAGGAUCUCCUUUCCUUCCCCCCCCCCUUUUUUGCCACAAAACUUUUAACAAAAUGAAACUGUAGAAAUAAACACAUUCAAAUCUGCCCAUCUGUUGUGUAAGCCCUCUUGAUUGACUUGCCCAGGUGGCAAUCGAGUGCUACUAUCUUAUCAAGGGAGGUCGGCUAGUCCUGGCGAAAUAGUCUCCCUCCAAGGAUAAAGUUUGUGCCUUUGCCUUUUUGUGUACACUGGGUGGCAGAGUCCUAGGGGGAAGGAUGAUUCUGUUCUCAAUUUUUAAAACAGUAUGUAGAAGCAAAUUAUUAACAAAUGAGACAACAUGUUACUAUGCUAUAAAACCUAACACAGGCGUAAUACCAAGCAUUUCCUCCAGAGUUGCUAAAAUUGUUUUAUUGUAGUUUCACUUUAAGGUGUGGUUUAAAUGCCCUGGAGGCAAUUUGGAACAGCCCUUUAUGUUACUCAGUUUGGAAGUGGACUCCAGAAAUGCAAAUGGUGGUUUUCUUAGAAAAGUUCUUGCAAAAAAACUUUUUUCUUCAUAGCACA